AUGGCAUCAAUACCAAAUCUCAACACCUUGCGCACAGGUCGGCGAGGCUCACGAUUACGAGGUCGCUCUGGACCUGGAAACGAUCCGACUGACGAAGAUGUCGAAAAAGCACGCGACAAAAUCAUUCAGCAGACCGACAACGAUGCAACGAGCAGUCGAAUGAGCGCCGUUUCUCUUGGCUAUCUGGAAGAUCGGUAUGCAAGAACAUUCUUCCCGCAAGGUCAGGAGAUACCCAAACGAUAUCCCAUCAUCAAUCGUGGCACCUAUGUCCGGACUCAAGCAAUCGACAGGCUCGUCCAACGCUUCCUCGACUCAAACCCUGCACAGCGCAAACAGAUCAUCUCGCUAGGUGCCGGCUCCGAUACACGAUUCUUUCGACUCUGUGCCGGAAAGUACAAUGUCGUUUAUCAUGAAGUCGACUUCGAAUCGAACGUCAUUCCCAAGCGCACCUCGAUCCGCGGCUCUGCGGACAUCCUCUCGAUGACCGUUGCAAGAGACAACAGUUCCUCAUACCACCUCCAUGCGCUGGAUCUUCGCAACUUGACCGAGAAGUCUCCACCCAUCAUCCCAGAUCUAGAGGCACAAACCGCGACGCUCAUUCUCAGCGAAUGCUGUCUGUGCUACCUCCCGCCGGAUCUAGCCACGAGCGUUCUGCAAUACUUCACCAUGAAUCUCCAUGGUAGUCGUGCAAUCGUUCUCUACGAACCCAUCCGGCCGUUCGACCCUUUUGGCAAGACUAUGGUGUCCAAUUUGAGCUCGCGAGGCAUUGAGCUACGAACGCUGAAACGGUACUGCUCGUUAGAGGCGCAAAGACAACGCUUGCGAUUGGCUGGAUUUGAUGAUGGCCAGGGUGCGAGGGAUGUGCAUCAGCUGUGGAGUAGUGAUGAAUGGGUCAGCAAAUCUGAGCGCGAGAGGAUUGAUAAGCUGGAGUGGUUGGAUGAAGUGGAAGAGUGGAAGCUACUAGCGAGCCACUACUGCGUGGCAUGGGCAUGGCGAGGCGAAGACUUCAAGGAUGCUUGGCGUGAGAUCGAAGGCGGACGUACAGACGAAGAGAACAAAGACGAUGGAGUGUGA